GCUGUGGGAGGCUAGGCGCAAAGGUGGCUCCCCGCGGCCCGGCGCCCCGCGGCUCCCGGGGACGCACCAGGCAGCCAAUGGAUGCGCAGAGGUGUACAGCAGAUGGCGUCCGACUGCGCCGUUUCUUCCUCCUCCUCCUCGUCCUCCUCUUCCUCCUGCUUCAGUGCUGAGCAGCCAGAGUCGCAGCCGGGUUGCCAGACGCUGGAAUGGGUGGUCUCCCGACACACACCACCAUCUUCACUGGGGAAGCUCGGGGCUCGUCGGCUCCCAGAAGCUGCAGCUGCGGCUCGGGCGAGGCUGGAUUAGGCAAGUGAAGAGCUGAAAAUUCUGAAGAAUGUUUCUGAGGAGUGAUCUGGCUGUCACUCACUGGGUUUCCAGGAGCAUGAGGAAGCUCUUUCUAGUGCUUUCUCUCCUGCUGUCUCAAGCAGCUCAUUUGGAAGGCAGGAAAGACAAUCAGUUCCUCUGGAAAACAGGUCCCUGGGGAAGGUGUGCAGGUGACUGCGGACCAGGCGGAGCCCAAAGUCGUGCUGUAUGGUGUUUUCACAUAAAAGGGUGGACGAGUCCCAUGUCGAACUGUGAUGAGAGCAGCCGACCUCCAAAGGAAAGAAGCUGUUUCCGCGUAUGUGACUGGCACAGUGACCUGUUCCAGUGGGAGGUUUCCGACUGGCAUCGCUGCCUUCUGGUUCCUGGGACCCAAGGUGAGCCCAGGCCUCGGGCUGUGGAAUGUAUGACCGCACAGCACGGUCUACAGCACCGGACAGUGCGCUGUCUUCAGAAGCUCAAUAGAACCAUGGUGGCCAAUGAGAUCUGUGAACACUUUGCUCCUCAGCCCCCCACAGAGCAAGCCUGCCUCAUUCCUUGCCCCAGGGACUGUGUGGUAUCUGAGUUCUCCCCAUGGUCCACCUGCCCUGAAGGAUGUGGGAAGAAGCUGCAGCAUAGAACUCGUGUGGCCAUUGCGCCCCCUCUGUAUGGAGGUCUGCAGUGUCCGAAUCUCACUGAGUCCAGAGCCUGUGAGGCUCCAGUUUCCUGUCCUCUUGGGAAAGAAGAAUAUUCCUUCAGCCUAAAGGUGGGACCAUGGAGCAAAUGUAGACUCCCUCACCUUAAGGAAGUCGACCUCAGCGGAAGAAAUAUCCAGGAUUUUAGCUCUGAUUCAAACGAGCAAGUCACCCUAACGCAUCAGAGUUACAAGGCACACCACCACUCCCAGCCUGGGGAUGUAAUGAUAGGUUUUCAAACCAGGCAGGUGUGGUGUACCAGAAGUGAUGGAAGAAACGCCCUGUUAAGGUAUUCCUGGAGAACCUCCGAAUGGAAGGAAUGCCAAGUCUCUCUUCUUCUGGAGCAACAGGACCCACUUUGGCAUGAGACAGGACCAAUCUGCGGUGGUGGGGUCCAGACCCGGGAGGUGUACUGUGCCCAGAGCCUACCAGCAACCGUUGGAUCAAGGACCAAGGAAGUCUCCAGGCCUGUGGAAAGUACAUUAUGCUUGGGACCUGCUCCCUCAGCCUCUCAGCUUUGCAAUGUCCCUUGCUCGACGGACUGCAUAGUGUCUUCCUGGUCAGCCUGGGGCCCGUGUGUUUAUGAGAACUGCCAUGAUCCUCAGGGGAAGAAAGGCUUUAGAAUGAGACAGCGCCAUGUGCUCAUGGAGUCUACAGGGCCCAUGGGGCGCUGCCCUCAUCUGGCAGAAUCUGCACCUUGUGAGGAUCCAAUGUGCCAUCGAUGGCUUGCCUCGGAAGGGAUCUGCAUUCCUGAUCAUGGGAAAUGUGGCCUGGGACAUCGCAUUCUGAAGGCUGUCUGUCGGAAUGAGCGAGGAGAAGAAGUAUCAGGGGGUCUCUGUCCAGUGCCUCCUCCUCCUGAACGGAUGGCUUGUGAAAUUCCCUGCCGAAUGGACUGUGUAGUGAGUGAGUGGACGGUAUGGUCAUCCUGCUCGCAGUCCUGUUCAAAUAAAAACUCAGAUGGGAAACAAACCAGGUCACGUUCUAUCCUGGCUUUGGCUGGAGAAGGCGGAAAGCCUUGCCCUAGUGCUCAGGAACUCCAAGAGUACCGUCUAUGCAACGAUCAUUCCUGUACACAGCUCUACUGGGAGACAUCUGCUUGGGGUUCCUGCUCCGAAAAUACUCUUGUGACUGCCCUCAAUGUGACCAUUGGCUGGAAUGGAGAAGCAACAUGUGGGGUGGGCAUUCAGACACGAAAAGUCUUCUGUAUCAAGAGUCAUGUGGGACAAGUAAUGACCAAAAGAUGUCCAGAGUCUACACGGCCAGAAACUGUGAGACCUUGUUUCCUCCCAUGCAAGAAAGACUGCCUUGUGACUGCUUUCAGCGAGUGGACACCAUGCCCACGGCCCUGCCAGCCAGGAAACACUACAAUAAAACAAUCUCGAUACAGGAUUAUCAUCCAAGAAGCAGCCAAUGGAGGUCAUGAGUGCCCUGACACCUUAUUUGAAGAAAGAGAAUGUGAAGAGAUCUCAUUGUGUCCUUUAUACCGGUGGAAGCCGCAGAAAUGGAGCCCUUGUAUCCUGGUUCCAGAGUCUAUCAGGCAGGGGAGAACAGGCACCAGCGAGGCAUGUGGAAAGGGGCUGCAGACAAGAGCUGUCUCAUGCAUCUCUGAUGAUAACCAGUCUGCAGAAAUGACAGAAUGCCUCAAGCAGAUGAACGGUAUGCCUCCCCUUGUGCAGGAAUGCGCCAUUCCCUGUCGGGAAGGCUGCACCUUCACCCCUUGGUCUAAGUUCACUCCCUGCUCCAAGAACUGUGAAGCAACCCAGAUCAGGAGGCGGCAGCUCACAGGGAAAAGCAGGAAGAAAGAGAAGUGCCAGGAUGCAUCCCUGUACCCUCUGGUCGAAAUGGAACCAUGUCCCUGUGAUGCAUUCAUGUCUCAUCCUUAUGGAAACUGGUCAGCUUGCACUCUACCAGAAGGCAAAAGGGAUCCCCAGCAAGGAGGAUUGUGGGUGCAAGGAGAUGACAAAGAAUGUGGAGAAGGCGUGCGCUUUCGAGCAAUAGCAUGCUCCAAUAUUAAUGGAAGGCCCGUUGACCCCUCAUUCUGCAACAGCUCUGGUUACAUUCAGGAAGCAUGUGUCAUCCCGUGUCCAUUUGAUUGCAAGCUAAGUGACUGGUCCAGCUGGGGUUCUUGCAGCUCAUCUUGUGGGAUUGGAGUGAGAAUUCGAUCGAAAUGGCUAAAAGAAAAGCCUUACAGUGGAGGACGGCCAUGUCCCAAACUGGAUCUCAAGAAUCAGGUUCAUGAGGCAGUCCCAUGUUACAGUGAGUGUGAUCAAUAUUCCUGGGUCGUAGAACAUUGGUCUCCAUGCAAGAUCAACAAUGAGCUGAGAUCCCCACACUGUGGAAGAGGAACACAGUCUAGAAGAAUCAGGUGUGUGAGUACUGCUGACAGAGAAGGAGGGGCAGUGAACAGGAGCCUGUGCAACCAGGAUGAUGCCCCCCAAGAAACCCAGGCCUGUUCUCUUCUGUGUCCCAGUGAGUGUGUCAUGUCUGAGUGGGGAACAUGGAGCAAAUGCCCACAGUCAUGUGACCCCCAUGCAAUGCAGAGAAGAACUCGGCAUCUGCUGAGGCCCUCGCUGAACUCAAGAACUUGUGGGGAAGACUCGCAGGUGCGGCCCUGCCUCCUCAAUGAAAACUGUUUCCAGUUCCAGUACAAUCUGACAGAGUGGAGCACAUGCCAGCUGAGUGAAAAUGUUUCCUGUGGCCAGGGUGUGAGGACCCGCCUGCUGAGUUGUGUGCGCAGUGAUGGCAAGUCUGUCAGCAUGGACCAAUGUGAGCAGCGUAAUCUGGACAAACCCCAGAGGAUGAGUAUUCCCUGUCUGGUGGAAUGUGUGGUCAACUGUCAGCUCUCAGGAUGGACAACAUGGACAGAGUGUUCGCAAACCUGUGGCCAAGGAGGUCGCAUGAGCCGGACUCGAUUUAUCAUUAUGCCAACCCAAGGAGAAGGUCGACAAUGCCCCACAGAACUCACCCAGCAGAAACCCUGCCCAGUGACACCCUGCUAUAGUUGGGUCCUUGGUAACUGGUCUGCAUGUAAAUUGGAGGGCGGAGACUGUGGAGAAGGAGUCCAGGUGCGCAGCUUCUCGUGCGUAGUCCACAAUGGCUCACUAUCCCACACAGCUGCCCCUGUAGAGGAUGCCCUGUGUGGAGAAGUACCCUUCCAAGAAGGAAUCCUGAAGCAGCUGUGCUCUGUGCCUUGCCCAGGAGACUGCCACAUUACCCCAUGGUCUGAGUGGAGCAAGUGUGAGCUAACCUGCAUUGACGGAAGAAGCUUCGAGACCACAGGCCGCCAAUCUAGGUCAAGGACAUUCAUAAUCCAGUCUUUUGAGAAUCAGGAUAGCUGCCCCCAACAGGUUCUAGAAACACGACCAUGCACAGGUGGCAAAUGUUAUCACUACAUAUGGAAAGCAAGUCUUUGGAACAAUAAUGAAAGGACUGUGUGGUGCCAGCGCUCAGAUGGCCUUAAUGUCACAGGUGGCUGCUCCCCUCAGGCACGCCCUGCUGCUAUUCGGCAAUGCAUUCCAGCAUGCAAAAAACCUUUCUCCUACUGCACACAGGGCGGAGUCUGUGGCUGUGAGAAAGGGUACACAGAGAUCAUGAGAUCAAGUGGCUUCCUGGAUUACUGCAUGAAGGUACCUGGCUCGGAGGAUAAAAAAGCUGAUGUGAAAAACCUCUCUGGGAAAAAUAGGCCUGUGAAUUCCAAAAUACAUGAUAUUUUUAAAGGAUGGUCUCUCCAACCUCUGGACCCAGAUGGCCGAGUAAAAAUUUGGGUUUAUGGCGUUUCUGGUGGCAGUUUUCUUAUCAUGAUCUUCCUAGUAUUUACUUCCUAUCUUGUUUGCAAGAAGCCAAAACCACAUCAAAGCACACCUCGCCAUCAGAAGCCAUUGACCUUGGCCUACGAUGGAGACUUGGACAUGUAACUUGAAAAAGGAAUCCAAAUGUAGACAUCAACUGCUGCCUUAAAUGCUUUCUCUUUUGUAGCUCUCAGACUUCUCAGUUCUUUGAGGAAUCUCAUGAUGUGAUACCUUGGGCAGAAUACAAAUACUACAAAAGUAAUAGUGCCCCAACUUCAUUUGGACAUGGAGUCAAGGAUUGCUGGGUCUGCCAUUUUGUUUUCAAGUUUUUGUGGGUGUGUUUUGCUUUUUCGGUUUUCCUAAGAGGCCUGAAAACCCUUCUCUUCCUGUUUGGAAAUGAGAGGAAGAGAACCUGAAGGAUUUCGCUAACAGACUUGAUUAAACUUGAUCCUCAGCCGCAUAUUGACAAUCCACAGGAAAGUCCAAUCGAGGCAUUUACUGUAAAUGGCGAGUCUGACACUGUAUUGUUACGCACUAUAUUAGUGCAGAGUCCUUAUUCCCAUACUUCAACAUGAGUUUUCUAGAGUUUACAUUGGUUCGAAAACUUGCAAAUUGGAUUGCCUAUUUUCAUGGACACAGAGGGAAUGGGUUACCAUUUCAGAAGUUCUCUGAGUUUUUACCUUUAAAUGAUGUAUUUUAUUUUGUAGCCAGGGGAUGUUGGCACUUUGUGGGCUGCAUCUGUUGCGAUAGACGAGUGUGCAUUCCAACUGGACUAGAGUAAAAUGGGUAGUUUCUGGAUGAAAGGUGUACUGAGUGUUAGCAAGGAAGUUAGAUGAAUGUACUGGAGAAUGAGGUAGACUAUUUGAUAACUAAAACUGUAUUUUAACAAAAACCUAGCUGUGUAGAUAUAGCAUUGAUCACACACAGUUGUAAUUCAGUUUAAUGUUGACCAAAAUAUGCUUUUGUAAUUUCAAUUUUCUUAUCUGAAUAUUUAUAAAUUAUUUUGAAUUUAAUUAUCUGACCUCAUUUAAUAUACAUUGAACACUGACCCUGUUUGUAGCGAGUCUUGUUUUUAUAAGGUUUCAAUAAUAUCUAAAACAACACAUUAAAAAGCUGAGACCAUUUUAUGAGCUAAUCCUUUGUAAUCCCGGAUGUUGGAAGGAAGAAGGUGCCAUUGUGUGCUAUGGA